UCUUUGGAGAGAUUUUUUCUUUUUCUUUUUUUUUUUUUUUUGCCUCCUACUUCUCUCGUGGAAGCCAGACAAUCGACUUGCAGCUCUCCCUCCCCUCCCUCUCUCCGCGUUCUGCUCCCGAACUCGCUCUCCCCGGGCCCUUCCCCGCCCCUCCUGGAGGAAAGCCCCCCCGAAAACCGACCAAGCUGAGCCGAGGGACACCGACCAACCAAACAAACAACACCGGGGCCAGACAAGCCAUCGACAAAACUUUUGCCAAAGCAGAAACAAAAAAAAAAAAAAACAAAAAAAAGGAAAAACUAACCAACCUCCACCAAGCAGCCCGCGCGCCCCCCCGACCGACCGACCGACCCCCGAGCCAGCCGGGGCGCCCUCUCGCCCCCCGCGCGCGCUCGCGCGCGCGCGCGCACACACAAAAGGCGGCGGCGGCGCACCGGAGCCCCGCGACCCGGGAGCCGCCCCCCGCCCGCGGCCAAGGGGAGCAGGAAGUCCGGACGCGGCGCCCCCCCCAUAGAUAUGGCAAUGGUAGUCAGCACGUGGCGCGACCCCCAGGACGAGGUGCCCGGCUCGCAGGGCAGCCAGGCCUCGCAGGCGCCGCCCGUGCCCGGCCCGCCGCCCGGCGCCCCGCACACGCCGCAGACGCCCGGCCAAGGGGGCCCGGCGAGCACCCCGGCCCAGACGGCGGGCGGCGGCGGCCAGGGGGGCCCCGGCGGGCCCGGCGGCGGCGACAAGCAGCAGCAGCAGCAGCACAUCGAGUGCGUGGUGUGCGGGGACAAGUCGAGCGGCAAGCACUACGGCCAGUUCACGUGCGAGGGCUGCAAAAGCUUCUUCAAGCGCAGCGUCCGGAGGAACCUGAGCUACACGUGCCGCGCCAACCGGAACUGUCCCAUCGACCAGCACCACCGCAACCAGUGCCAGUACUGUCGCCUCAAAAAGUGCCUCAAAGUGGGCAUGAGACGGGAAGCGGUGCAGCGGGGCAGGAUGCCGCCCACCCAGCCGACCCACGGGCAGUUCGCGCUGACCAACGGGGACCCUCUCAACUGCCACUCGUACCUGUCGGGAUAUAUUUCGCUGCUGCUGCGCGCCGAGCCCUACCCCACGUCCCGCUUCGGCAGCCAGUGCAUGCAGCCCAACAACAUCAUGGGCAUCGAGAACAUUUGCGAACUGGCCGCCCGGAUGCUCUUCAGCGCCGUGGAGUGGGCCCGGAACAUCCCCUUCUUCCCCGACCUGCAGAUCACCGACCAGGUGGCCCUGCUGCGCCUCACCUGGAGCGAGCUGUUCGUGCUGAACGCGGCCCAGUGCUCCAUGCCCCUCCACGUCGCCCCGCUCCUGGCCGCCGCCGGCCUGCACGCCUCGCCCAUGUCCGCCGACCGGGUGGUCGCCUUUAUGGACCACAUACGCAUCUUCCAAGAGCAAGUGGAGAAGCUCAAGGCCCUGCACGUGGAUUCCGCCGAGUACAGCUGCCUCAAGGCCAUAGUUCUGUUCACCUCAGAUGCCUGCGGUCUGUCUGAUGUAGCCCACGUGGAAAGUUUGCAGGAAAAGUCCCAGUGUGCUUUGGAAGAAUACGUUAGGAGCCAGUACCCCAACCAGCCCACGCGAUUCGGGAAGCUUCUGCUUCGCCUCCCUUCCCUGCGCACCGUCUCCUCCUCAGUCAUAGAGCAAUUGUUUUUCGUCCGUUUGGUAGGUAAAACCCCCAUCGAAACCCUCAUCCGGGAUAUGUUACUGUCCGGCAGCAGUUUUAACUGGCCGUAUAUGGCAAUUCAAUAAGGAAAAAAAAAAAAAAAUCGAAAUAAGAAGGGGGAGUGAAACAGAGAAAGCCGAGGCGAAAGACUGCUUUGUUUGCUUAAUUCCUUCUGUUAAGAAAGGAUAUAAAAGGAUGUUACACGUUUGCUAAAAAAAAAAAAAAAAAAAAGAAGAGAGGGGAAGAACUUAAUGGACUGUGAAUUUCCAAAAAAUUAAAGAGACUGUCAAAUGAACUUUUACAGAAUGCAUUGAAAAAAAAAAAAAACUCCUGUGUCGGUCAGAACAACUUGCUACUUAUCAUUUUUUUUUUUUGUAUAAAAAGGAAAUUAGUCUUUUUCUUUUUUUUUUGGUAAAUUUUUGAAAAAUAUUGCUAAAAGUGCAUUUAAGGAGAUUGGGAGAAAAUUAGCAGAAUGGAGAAAGUAAGUCUUUUUUUUUUUUUUCCAAAUUAUUCGUUGUCCUGUGUCUGUACCUCUAGCUGUUCUUUUUUGUAUUUUCCUGGUUCUAAACCAGUUUAUUCUGUGGUUCUAUAAUAAGUUUUGAUAUAAUCUUGGCUUCUUAAAAACUGUGUAUCCUUAAAAUAUAUGUUCUGCAAGAAUUAAAACUUGAGUCCACGAGAAUACCAUAGGAAGACAUAAAACUUUUUAAAAGGAAACUGAGAGAUGAUGGGAACGCACUUACAGGUUGUGGCCAAAAAUUUUAGGUGAAGUUGAGCUAAUUUGAGAUCUGCAGGAACCACAUACAACACUUAACACCCCCUCCCUACUCCCCCCAAAAAAAGACACCAAGACAAACGUAGCUUUUUAAAAAAUAUUUUAAGAAAGAGAAUGAACUGUGGAAUUUAUUGGCAGCCAAGGGAUGUGUCUGAGACACAGAUGCUGAGGUUUUGAAUAAAAAGUGAACUUUUGUAAUUUGAAUUGGGUCCCGCUUAGUUCUUGAAUUGUUAUGAAGUACCCUCUAUCUGUUUGUAUAUUUGCAAACCCUUUGUAUUAUAACUGUUGAUAUUCCCUUUUUAAGAAAAAAAAUACCCAUUGAAAUCAGCAUGACAAAAUAACACUGUUGGCACUUAUAGAUAAUGUGAUUGAUUCAGUAUCUUAGAGUUUACAGUUUGUGUUUUAAAAAAAACUGAAGGUUUUUUUUUUUUAAAGUGCAACAUUUCUGUAUACUGUAAAAGUUAUAAUAACUGAACUGUUUGGUCGAGUCUUUGUGUGUUAUAUUCCAAGGAAAAUUUGAAAGUAUUCAGAAAUUAAAAUAUUAUUUGAUAUCUGAAA